GCUUGUAGUGUCAGUAUCCAACUUUAUAUUGUGCUUAUCAUUCGCAUUUCGAUAAUGUCUCCCACCCACGAACAAAUGAACUCAUCGACCAGCCCCACCGACCUGCCCACCACCAACUGCAAUGACCUAAUUACUCAAGAGUUUUUGCAAAAUGCGUUAAAAAUGGAGGCGAACGGAGGUUCUGCUCCGGAAAUUGUUUCUUAUCUUGCCACCCCUGGAUCUAAACCGGGUGAUAAUUAUGCAAGCAUCAUUUACUCCGUCGAUAUUAACUUAUCGGACGGAACUAAGCGUCACCUUCUGAUUAAAUGCUAUCCGAACCACCCCUCGCGACAAGAACUGACCAACAAGAUGAACCUGUUUUUCAAGGAGUGUGAAGUGUAUUCGAAAUGGAUGCCGGAGUUGAGGCGCAUGCAAAAAGAAGUGUUUGGUCUGGAUAAGGAGGACGCUGUCAAGUUGCCAUAUGCGAAAUUCGUGCAUGGCGAAUGUAUCGAUUUCCAGUCGGAGGAAGGUGAUGCUCGAAAGUCUGGACCGAUCUCAUCUCUCGAUAAUUACAUCAUUAUGGAAGAUCUCCGUAAAACGCACGGUUUUCGAAUGACUAGCCGAUUAGAACCUCUGGACUUUGACCACAUGAAACUCGUCAUCUCUGCCCUGGCCAGAGUGCAUUCGGUGAGCUGGGCGUAUCGCAACCACGUGGAGGAAAAUAUUACACAGAAAUUCCCUUGCCUUGUGACGAACAUGCCGGAUGAAGAGGUUGCAAUUUUUAGCAAUGUCGUCCGCUCUAAUUUGGAACAAGCGAAGGGGAUUUAUGACAAAGAGUUUGGCCCUAAAAAUGCCUAUACUGCUGUAGCAGACAAGUUUUCUGGCAUGAUUGACAGGAUAUCUAGCCUGUUUACGGGAAGUGGUACGGCGGAAGGAUUUGAGAAACUUAUGCGUGUAAAGACCUCAGAUAAGUUUGGAAGGGAUGCAGAAAAUCCAGAACCUUGGCGAAUCAUAAUUCACGGUGACUGCUGGAGUAACAAUAUGCUAUUCCGAUACGACUCAGCGACCGGAAAACCUCUUGAAGUCAUUCUCCUCGACCUCCAGAAGCCACUUGAAGCAUGUGUCGUAAACGACCUCCAGAACCUCAUCUACCUUUGCACGACCCUCGAAUUCAGACGGAAAUACCUCGACGACCUCCUCCAACUUUACCACGACACGUUCAACGGCGUUUGUGAAAAAUUAAGGACACCAACGCUACCCGGAUUUUGCAUGGAUUCACUCCGAUUUCGGUAUCACAGGGCAAAAUUUUUUGGUUAUUACAUGGCUAUGAUGGGAAUCCCUAUAAUACUGAAAGAAGAAGUUGCCAACAUGGAGGACAUGGGAGACGACAAAAAUCUCACGGAUGCGUUCACUGAGAUAUGUUCGGGGGCUGGAACGAAUAACACAGUUAAGGAGAGGCUUAUCGAAGUCACGAGGGAAAUGAUGGAGGACGGUAUAUUUUAGCGAGAUAAGUAGCUGAAUGAUAAGUAAG